UUAUUUAUUAUAUGAGAAAUAAUAAAAAAAAUUGUCAUUUAAAAUCAAGACUUUCAAUUACAAGACGCGUACGUUUUGAGUGAUUUUUAUUUGCCACCAGCUUGGGAGCUUUCUUUUCGGUCACUUAUCGCUCGCUGUUGCUCGUGUAAAUAUUUGUUUUUGUUUCACGUGCGUUGUCUCUCAGCUAUAGCGGUUAUUUUCCAUAACAAUUGCUGUUGUUGCUGUGCUUUGACCGCCAUACUUUCGUGAAUUGGCCCACUGCACCCAACUUGCAUACCAAUUAAACCCAAUCGCAGCCGGUUUCUGCUUGGGAAAGUUGUUUGAAAAGUUGUCGCUGAGGAUAUGGAUGACCGUCAAUUGAUUGGACUACCAGUAAGUUGCCCACUACCGGCUAGCCAAGUGGUUUAAUUGAGGCUCAAGUAAAUGGUAUUCAGUUCUAAGCUCACAGCGCACAUUUGUGGCAAUCAGUUGCUGCAUGUAGCUACAUCUUAACGGUUCAUUAAAGUAAAUUUCGCCAGCACUAAGUAAGUGCAGAAAAAUGGCUUUGAAAAGUAUCUUGCUUGUAGCACUCAUCCUCUGCUCACACGUCUCUUUGUCGAUGGCCGCCUCCAAUGUACCAGUGACUGAGGAGACACCGAAUGCUUUACGGCAGGACAACAUCAUCGGUUGGAUCACUUCAAUAUUUCGACCCAACAGCACAACUGCCACACCGAGCUCCACAUCACCGAGUACACCCUCACGUAAUUGCGCGACUUGUAGUUGCGGCAGCAUUAACACCUUCCAUCGCAUUGUUGGCGGCAUGGAGACGGAGGUGAAUGAAUAUCCUUGGAUGGCGAUGUUGUUGCGUCGCGGCGACUUUUACUGUGGCGGCUCGCUGAUCAACGAUCAAUAUGUACUCACAGCGGCGCAUUGUGUACGUGGCUUCAAUAAGCGGCAAGUCACCGUGCGUCUACUCUCGCACAAUCGCACCAAUGGUCGCGUUAGCACGAUCGAUCGGCAGUUGGAUCAGAUUUUUGUGCAUGAUGGUUAUAGCACUAGAAAUUUGGAUAAUGAUAUUGCUUUACUGCGUUUCACCGAACCAUUGGAGUUGCGUGAGCCGCUGCGACCAGUGUGCCUCUCCGAGUCUGAGAAGACAUAUGAAGGUGAGUUGGCUGUCGUCACUGGGUGGGGUGCAGUAAAGGAGGGCGGCUACAUUGCUGAUCGCCUGCAGGAGGUACAAGUGCCAGUCAUGUCGCAGGAGACUUGUCGCAAGAGUAAAUAUGGCGCUAAUCGCAUUACAGACAACAUGCUCUGCGCCGGUUACGCCGAAGGCGGUAAGGACUCUUGUCAGGGCGAUAGUGGUGGUCCGCUGCAUGUGAGCAAUAACGACACGAAGACUUAUCAUUUGGCUGGUGUUGUUUCUUGGGGUGAGGGUUGUGCACGACCCAAUGCACCCGGUGUCUAUACGCGCGUUUCGCAAUAUUUGGAUUGGAUUGAGCAGCGUACAGGUGAUGCGUGUAAAUGUCAACCGAUUGCGGGUGGUGCUGGUGCCGCUACUACGACAGGCAGUGAGGGCAGUACUACUCAGGCAGCAGCAGAGGGAACAACUGAAGCAGUUACCCAAAGUACAGGAGAUACCAGCGCGAGUACAGCAGCUAAUGCUGAUGAGCCAGAGAGAUUGAAAUUGUAAACUGAACUCUGAGCAGAGAGAAAAAGGAAUGAUGAAGAGCUUGCUAAACUAAAGAAAUUCAAAUGUGAAAGAAAGAGAGAAGGUGAGAGUUUGUUUAAAUGAAAAGAGAAUAUAUGGGAAUAUUACAGAGAGAAAGAGACGGAAGAAGAGCGAUGAGUGCUGUGUAAGGAGUGAGAGAGCCAGUAAAGGGCGGCAAUUGACUGGAGAUUAUCUUUUGCUGGUUUUGGCAUGGAAGAGAAUAUUACAGAGGAGGACCAGUAAGAAUUGGCUCAAAUGUUUUGUGUUAAAAAAUUAUAAUUUAUUUAUUAUAUUAUUUAUUGUA